CACAAGUGAAGCACAUGGGGUGCACAGGUGUGGAUCUAGAGAAAUUUUCCCGAACAUAGCGUGGAAAUCAAAUGGGGUAGCAAAAUCAAAGCCGUGUUUUUACACAUGCAGGUGUUACAUCCCUGUAAUCUGCUGUGUGUGUGUAUACCAAAUGCAGUCCUGCGGGUCAGCGGUGGUGAUUUCAUCGUCCGUCCUCCAUCAGACACCCAGGAAGACGGUCCUGCCCCCUCUGUCCAACAGGACCCUGUACCACCCCUCCUUCCUGCCGCUGUACAGGGCCGCAGGCCUCCCACGCCACAGUCAAGAAAACGCUCAAACAGCUCACCCCACCACGCCCGCAGAGUUCUUCUACACUGACCCCACCAUGUGCUGUGGCAGGAGGAUCCCCAAUAGACUCAGUGGGUUAAAGGUAUUUGAUUGCUUGCAGCUCAACACGCCACGACCCAUCAUGUCCGCCUGCCUGGCCCCACCAAACCGCCCAGACCCAUUCAGAUCAGGACCACACCCCACUAGAGAUCUGGGUAGCCCCACUUGGAGAACACAAACCAUUCACCCUCAGGUGCAGCCAAGGCAGGUUGUCCUCCAGCUUACACAGGAAGAGGACCAGGCCGUUACUAACCUGCUGAAACUGCACUACCAAAUGGACGAUGACUCAAACCUCAGUCAUCCUUGUGCCAAGGAUGGUGAGGAGGGGUACAAACCUGCUCGUGGUGCACUGAUAGAGGGAACGGUUUGGUCAGAUGCAGAGCUUGAAGUCGCUGACACUCUCUCGAGUCAAUUAAAACUAAAUUAUGUUGACUUGUUGAAGGCCCAAAACCGAAAUGAAACAGCAAACACUCCUCCCGGUCCUCUGCUAUGCCCAAGCCCUCAAACACACCAGGAAGCUGAAGCUCCACUUGCAUUAGGAAGUAGCACCGUUCCCCUGAAGACAUCCCCAGUGAUCAAGAGCAAAGUGAGUGUCUUUGAAGGGUUUAUGGAAGCAAAGGAACAGAGGCUCUCAGAUUUGGAGGGCGAUGCCGUGGACGUGCUCCUGAGCCUUAUGGAUGUUGAUAUCACACAGUGACUGCUCAAUAUUUAUGUUCUCGGCUCUUGUGUUUGAGCAUUGUAUUUGCACUUUACCCAGUUUUGGAUUUUGCACAGGUUCCUCUGACAGACGAGAACUUUAUAAUGUUCAGUAAACGUUACCGAGAAACAAAGAGCCAGUUAAAAAGACAAAAGGUUUUAUUAAAAUAUGUCCUGAAGGAGAAUCACCCUGUUGUAAUUUACAACAUACUAUACAGACCAGACCCCAUUUCCUGAUGCCCUGCAGGGGGAGCUACAGCACCACUCCACAGUGGUGGACAAGCUAACAAGCUAGUCAAAAGCACAACUACUAAAAACAUAAAAAACAAAGUUCAAGCACAGUUUGCACAUGCUGAAAGCAUAAACCCCGUACUUCACAAUUGUGUACUUCUGUUUUCAAUUAAAAGGCACUUCCUGAUUUUA